AUGAGCCCAGACUUCAACGUCCUCGACCUGGGGUUUUUCAACUCUAUUCAAGCGCUGCAGCAUCGACAAGUCGUCACUGGUAUUGACGAUAUUAUCCUGGCUGUUCAUGGUGCGUUCGACGAACUCGAUUUCCGUGUGCUCGACAAGACGUUUAUGACCCUUCAAAAGGUUAUGGAAGAGUCUUUGAAGAUGGACGGGGACAACUCUGAGCCCUCGCUUGGAAUGUGA